UGAUCCUCCUGUCUCAGUCUCCCCAGCGCUGGAAUUACAGGUUCUAAAUGGCUUCUAAAAAGUUGGGUGCAGAUUUUCAUGGGACUUUCAGUUACCUUGAUGAUGUCCCAUUUAAGAUAGGAGACAAAUUCAAAACACCAGCUAAAGUUGGUCUACCUAUUGGCUUCUCCUUGCCUGAUUGUUUGCAGGUUGUCAGAGAAGUACAGUAUGACUUCUCCUUGGAAAAAAAAACCAUUGAGUGGGCUGAAGAUAUUAAGAAAAUUCAAGAAACCCAGCAGGAAGCAGAACGCAAGGCUGAGGAAACAGAAGCUAAAGCGAAUUCUAAGAGUGGCCCAGAGGGUGAUAGCAAAAUGAGCUUCUCCAAGACUCACAGUACAGCCACAAUGCCACCUCCUAUUAACCCUGUCCUUGCCAGCUUACAGCACAACAACAUCCUCACUCCUAGGGUCAGCAGUAGUGCCAUGAAACAGAAAGUUCUCAGCCCGCCCCACACAAAGGCAGAUUUCAACCCUGCUGACUUUGAAUGUGAAGAAGACCCAUUUGAUAAUCUGCAAUUAAAAACUAUUGAUGAGAAGGAGGAGCUGAGAAACAUUCUGGUAGGAACCACUGGACCCAUUAUGGCUCAGUUAUUGGACAGUAACUUGCCCAGAGGCAGCUCUGGGUCUGUGUUACAGGAUGAGGAGGUCUUGGCAUCCUUGGAGCGGGCAACCCUGGAUUUCAAGCCUGUUCAUAAACCCAAUGGCUUUAUAACUUUACCACAGUUAGGCAACUGUGAAAAGAUGUCGCUGUCUUCCAAAGUGUCCCUUUCUCCUAUCCCUACAGUAAGCAAUAUCAAAUCGCUGUCCUUCCCCAAACUUGACUCUGAUGACAGCAGUCAGAAGACAGUCAAGCUGGCGAGCACUUUCCAUAGCACAUCCUGCCUCCGCAGUGGCACGUUCCGAAAUUCCCUAAAGCCUUCUACCCAAAGCAGUGCCAGUGAGAUCAAUGGGGACCAUUCUCUUGGGCUUUCAGCUUUGAACUUGGAUAGUGGCACAGAGGUGCCAACUCUGACACCAUCCCACAUGCCUUCCCUGUCUGUAUUGUCUGUGUGCACAGAAGAAUCAUCACCUCCAAAUGCAGGUCCCACAGUCCUCCCUCCGAAUUUCUCAAUGUCACAAGUGCCCAACAUACCGAGCUGUCCACAGGCCUAUUCUGAACUGCAAACACUGUCCCCCAGUGAGCGGCAGUGUGUGGAGACAGUGGUCAGCAUGGGCUAUUCAUAUGAAUGUGUCCUGCGAGCCAUGAAGAAGAAAGGAGAGAAUAUCGAGCAGAUUCUUGACUAUCUCUUUGCACAUGGACAGCUUUGUGAGAAGGGCUUCGACCCCCUUUUAGUGGAAGAGGCUCUGGAAAUGCACCAGUGUUCAGAAGAAAAGAUGAUGGAGUUUCUUCAGUUAAUGAGCAAAUUUAAGGAAAUGGGGUUUGAAUUGAAAGACAUUAAGGAAGCCUUGCUAUUACACAACAAUGACCAGGACAAUGCUUUGGAAGACCUCAUGGCUCGAGCUGGAGCCAGCUGAGACCAGGCCCUGCCUCAGCCCUGCCACGGAACCACCACCCCCAGGAGGCCCUGGAGAGCCCACCUGUGGGGAAAGAGAAGGGGCACACUUCUGGAUUUUCUUUUGGGGGUUAGGUCAGAUGUGGAGACUGUGCUUGCCAGUCUCUAUGAGCCUAGGUCUUGAGCUGGAGAAAGUGGGGAAGAUUUGGGCAUGUGAGUGCCCCAGAUUGGUCCUUGCUCCUUCCAUAUUAAAUUUAUUUGUAUUUUGAGAAGUGUCCUUCCCACUUUGGCCCUCCAGAUAGA